AUGGGUCAUCCAGCAGGUCUCAGAGCCGGUACUCGGUAUGCCUUCUCACGGCAGUUCCGCCAAAAGGGUAUGAUCAAGUUGUCUACCUACUUACGCCAAUACAAAGUCGGAGACAUCGUUGAUAUCAAGGCCAACGGAGCUGUCCAGAAGGGAAUGCCCCACAAGGUUUACCACGGAAAGACUGGUGUCGUCUACAACGUUACGAAGAGCGCAGUCGGUGUCAUCAUCUACAAGAAGGUGAAGCACCGUUACAUCGAGAAGCGCGUCAACCUCCGAGUCGAGCAUGUCUCCCUUUCCCGCUCCCGAGAAGAGUUCGUCCGCCGAGUCAAGCAGAACGCAGAGUUGAAGAAGAAGUCGAAGGCUGAGGGUACCCACGUGCAUUUGAAGAGACAACCGUUGAUGCCACGCGAGGCGAGAACCAUUUCGAUGAAGGAUAACGUACCGGAGACUGUCUUCCCAAUCGCUUACGAGACAACUAUCUAA